GAAUAGAAGUCCCUACAGCAAAGUUUCAACACGCCCAGUAGUUUGGAAUCAUAGACCGUUACGUAUAGGCUGUCGUAUAUUUUUUACUUGUUUCAAAGAGAAAAACUAACGAGUUUUUAAAUAGUUUUUCUUGGUUGACCCAUUUAGUGAAAAAAUGGCAGGGACCGGCUAUUUUGCUGCAGUGAAAAUUGCUGCUGAAAAACACCCUCGUCUCCGCGAAAAGACCAUUCAAUAUGGUACAGCAGGAUUCCGGACCAAAGGUGAAGAACUUGACCAUGUCAUGUUCAGAAUGGGAGUGUUGGCUGCACUUCGGUCACAACUUAAAAGAGCUGUAAUUGGAGCUAUGAUCACAGCAUCACAUAACCCUGAGGAGGACAAUGGAGUCAAGCUGGUGGAUCCUCUUGGAGAGAUGCUGGAAGCUGCCUGGGAGAAACUGGCCACCAAACUGGCUAAUGUCAGUGAUUCUGACCUCCCAGCUGUUCUGUCAGACAUAGUCUCCAGUUGUGGCAUAGACACAGCUGUCCCUGCACAGGUGUUCCUAGCCAGGGAUACCAGGCCCAGUAGUCCAUCCCUUGCACAAGCCAUAAUUGACGGAGUCCAAGCAAUAAAAGGAGAGGUCAAGGACUAUGGUAUAUUAACCACUCCCCAGCUUCACUUCAUGGUUAGAUGUGAAAAUUCCCAAGGUCAAUAUGGGAGCCAAACUGAAAAUGGCUACUACACAAAACUAUCUAAUGCUUUUUUGAAACUCAGGGGUCAUGAACACCAAAAUGAGCGUUAUCACCCACAACUCAGGUUAGAUGGAGCUAAUGGAGUAGGUGCCUUAAAGAUAAAAGAAAUGCAGAAGCAUUUGAACAACUCUUUGCAAAUAGAAUUGUUCAAUGAUGGGAGUAGCGGCAAGUUGAAUUAUAUGUGUGGCGCAGAUUACGUCAAAGUCCAGCAGACAGCUCCUAAUGGUAUGCCCAAGGAAGCCAGGGUCAGGUGUGCAUCCUUUGAUGGUGAUGCUGACAGGAUAGUUUACUUUUACCAGGAGAAAAAUGGAACAUUUAAGCUAUUAGAUGGUGAUAAAAUAGCAACUCUAGUUGCUGGUUAUUUGAAGGAACUUGUGAACAGCAGUGGACUGAAUAUCAACCUGGGCUUAGUUCAGACUGCCUAUGCCAAUGGCAGCUCCACAAGCUACAUAACUAAUGAACUGCAAGUCCCAGUGGCUUGUGUGCCCACUGGUGUGAAACAUCUCCAUCAUAAAGCCCUGGAGUAUGACAUAGGUGUGUACUUUGAAGCAAAUGGACAUGGGACCGUGGUCUUCAGUGAAAAAAUACAAGAUAUGGUACUCAUGGCAGCUAAUGAUUCCAGUCUUUCAAAGGACCAAGAACAUGCUGCAAGAAGACUGUUAUGGAUAAUUGGCCUAAUAAAUCAGACUGUAGGUGAUGCCAUCUCUGAUCUCCUGUUAGUAGAAACAAUCUUACAUUCCAAGGGGUGGAGCAUAGAGGACUGGAAUGAUGCCUACACUGAUCUUCCAAACAGACAACUGAAAGUCAAGGUGAAAGAUAGAACUGUGAUUCAGACCACAGAUGCUGAGAGGAAAACUACCUCGCCUAAAGGGUUGCAGGAGGCCAUUGAUGCUUUGGUGGAAAAGUAUCCAGAUGGCAGGGCCUUUGUCAGGCCUUCUGGAACUGAAGACAUUGUCAGAGUUUAUGCUGAGGCAGAAACUCAG